AUGGAUUAUAAGUUUGGAAACAAUUAAUAUAAAUUAAUGGUAUGCAAUAAUUGCAAAGAUAAAUAUCCUUAAUGUGUUUUGGCUAAACAUAUGGAAACUUGUAAGAAUAAUAAUGAAAUUAUUAUUUGUAGAUAUUGUGGAGAAAAAUAACAAAAAUAAUUAAUAUUAAAUCAUCUAACUAUUUGUAAAGCAUUUGCUCUUGUAGAUAAAGAAGAUGGUUAAUGUGAAUACUGUAAAGAUAAAAUAUUCAAAAAAUUCUAGUAAGAACAUUAUCGUGAAUGUCAUAAAAAAUAGAUUAUUGAUAAAUAAUAAUCCUAUAAACCUUAAGAAUGCUCGAUAUGUCUUAUGGAUAUUUAACUUAAUGAUCAAAAAGGAAUUCUAUAAUGUUGUCAUGUCUUUCAUAAGAUUUGUUUAUAAUAAUGGCAAAAAAAAAGUAAAGUGUGUCCUGUAUGCAGAUUUAAUUGA